AUGGAAGAAUCAGACCCUCCUCGUCCAACCGAAACCCCCGAGGACUCCGCAGGAGGGGAAGACCAGGGUACAAAGGGCGCGACCGCCAAAGACCGAAAAUGCCAAUACUGCAAGCAGGCCUUCACUUCGUCUUCCCUGGGUCGACACUUGGAUCAAUUUCUCUUCAAGAAGAAGCCAGAUGGCCUUCACAAUGUCGAAGAGAUCCGGCGCAUUCGAAGCGGUAUCACUCGACGACAGGCACGCACCUCGUCUAGCAAACGAGAUAGCCCAGAGCGCGAACUGGGUAAAGGACAGUCGGAAGGGGAGAAUGGGAAAUCGAAAACUGGCUCGGUUCGCAUGAUGUUCAACACGCCUACAUGGCAUGCGACCGGGGUCAUCAAUGAUAUCCCCAGUCCGGGGUUUCCGCAGGCGAAUUCCCUUGGUCCUUCUUCGCGGUUUUCGUCCAAGUCGUCGCAACAGCCCAAGCAGGCGGGUAUCAACCUUCCUGAUUAUGCGAGCAGAGGUAGUACUGCCAGUAGUCCGGAUACAUUGAGGGCCCUGGAGCUGGCAUUGCGAGAAGUAUUGGAUAAUAUCAAAGCUGCAACCUCAAAUAUGCGGCCUCGAAUGAAUCCCUUUGAAUUUGAUAUUCAGUCUCAAACAUUCCCUUCACUGUGUCUCCAAUUGCUACCUCCUCCGCCAAGUUUAUUCGCUACCGCUCCUUUCCCGUCACCGUCAUCGUUUCCUCUCUCGCCUCCAGGAAUUGAGCAUCUGGAUAUUGUUCGACAAGCUCUCCGUGCUAAGAUCGAGCAGUGGCAGUCCGAUCAGAUUUCCUCGGAAUCUCCGAACGCCUCUCGGUCUGGGAACCCAGGCAUAGGUCUCGACUCAAGCAUGAUCAGUCGAAAUGCACAGCAACAUGAAGACAUGAGCCUGAGGCAUCUCGAGCUGGCUUUUAAGCACUGGGCGUCUCUUUCUCCGGGAGCAAAACAAGAGGCAUGGCAGCUUGAGAUUACCAGAGCAUUUGCCCGUGAGAUGGAGAAGCGCAAAUCCUCGGAUGAACAGCUGGCCCGUGUGCAGCAGGAAGCUAACCAGCUUCGCGCCCAAGUCGAGAGAUUGGGUUCCUGCCAAUGGCCCCGAGAAUUUGCCCUCUUCCCGCCAGACACGCUUCCGUUACCACGGGAUGUCGCCAGGGAAUUGGACGCGAAGGAAAGCCACAUCAACCCCAACUCCCCCCGAUGGGACUACGACAGCGUAGUAUCCAAGUGGAAGCGCGUUGUGAUGCACGAUAGAAGCAUGGGACGCAUCGGCGUGGGAUACGCAAACACGGCCGUGGAAGAUCCCACCUACGCAGAUAGUGCUACUAGACCACGCGUCGAGGAAGCAGGCAGCUCCAGCCGGCCAACGGCAUUGCAGCCUCCCGUCGCCCUGAGCCCCGACCAAUCCUCUCCCUACACAGGUGGAGGUACAUCCGCACCCCCAAGCCAAAAUCCCUCGCCUUAUAUCAACAACGAAGCCAGUCGAAGCCCCAACCCGGAUGGUCCCCAAGCCAAGCGUCCCCGGUUGAUGAAUGGAAAUCACGCGAGCGAAGGAGCCGGUAGUCCUUCGACGGCUCAAAGCUCCUCUGGCCCCUCCAACAGCAACACCUGGAACUCCAACCAGUCUCUUAACGUGUCUAACCUUGCUCCCCCUUCGGGACCGACGCCUCCUCCAUCUUGCUCCGGUACAUAG